AAUAUAGGAUUUACUCCUUCGGGAGACAUACUACUUGGUGGGGGUGGCGGUUCUGGUAAUACAGGUGUAAAAAACAAAUUGGCCUUAUUCAAAUUGAAGAUUCCAGAAAAAACUAUUGAAAAGCUUACCGAAACAAUAUUAAGCGGAGAAGAGGACAGGCCAACUUGUAUUGCUUUUCAUAAUGAGGAGAAUAUUUUUUCUUGUGGUAUCAAUAGUUCUGAAGAAAAGAUAAUAAUCGGCGAAAAUAAUAAUUGUCGAAUUUUUAAAUACUCAAAUGAAAAGUAUGUAAUGUCUUAUUUCUUUCAGAAUAAGAAAAUGACUGCUUUUAGUCAAGACGGGAAGUUGUUGGCUACCGGUGGUACAGAUAGCAAAUUGACUGUUUUAAAUUAUCCUUCAUUACGUGUCGCUUUUCCUCCCGUGAAUUUUAACAAACAAGAAAUAUAUGAUUUGGAUUUUGAUCCAACUGGAAAUCAGGCAAGAUACGAACUUUUAAAUGAUCAAAUAAUAAUAAUACAUUACAUAAUUAUAAUAUCCGUGAACACAUUAAAAAUUCUAUCCACCAAAAAAGGAGAGUGUUUUCAUGAAAUAGAAAAACCUGUAUUCAGGAAAUCUUCCCGAUGUCAAUUUAGAGCAUGCAGGUUUGGUAAAGGGAUUUCCGCAAGGUUUUUUUACACCGUAGUCAAUAUGACUUCUGAGUCUAGAACAUUUAUUGUUAAAUGGGAUGCAGUAACUUUUGAAAGAAUAUCAACAAAAGUUAUUGGCAAAAGACGAAUUACAGCAUUUACAAUUAGUGACAACGGGAAAUUUUUGGGAUUCGGAGCAUCUGAUCAUAGCAUUGGAAUUUGCGAUUCCCAAACACUAAAGGUUUUGCUUCAUGUGCCUAAAGUACAUGGGUUCCCGCCAACUACUAUUGCAUUCAGCCAUGAUUCAACUUUGUUUGUAAGCGGAUCUGCUGAUAAUACUGUUCAUAUUUUACAACUUCCGGAAAAUUUUAAUCCUGGUACAGUUAAUAUUAUAUUUACAUUUCUUUAA